AUGGCUUCCAAGCAAGAACAAGAACAAAAGCUUCAUUUGACUCUUUUAGUGGACAAAGAAAAAAAUCGUGUAGUUGUGGCUGAAGCAAACGGUGACUUCGUCGACACUUUGUUUAGUUUUCUCACACUUCCAUUAGGAACUAUCACUAGGCUUGUCUUCAAGAAUCAACAAGAGCAAGAAACAUUUGGUUGCAUACGUAAUCUUUACAAGAGUGUGGAAAAUAGCAGUGAUGAGGUUUUCUUUAACCGUAUCUGCAAAAAAAUGUUGCUUUAUCCACGCAACGAUUCUGAGUCUUAUUGCCAGAAACUGAAGGUGAAUGUGGAUGAUUCAGAACCUACAAAGUACUUCAUUUGUAGCACCUGUGUUGAAGGAAAGGGUUUGUUGAGUACUUUUGCUGGUGCUAGUUGUUCUUGUGGGAAAUUGAUGGACAAAGAAAUUAAGUUGCAUAGAGAAUUUAGUAAUAGCGAUUGUGUUUUUGUUGAGAAACAAACUUUAUAUUUAAUUUUCGAUGAUUUAAAAGUGCUCCGAAGCUUUCCUGGUAACACCCUUCACCAGCUCCAACAACUUGGUUACAAAAACAUCAACAAGCUUACACAUAUGUCCGCAAUAGUCGGUUUAAAUGAGAUUUUGGACUUAUUAAGGAAAGCACUAACCUCCAAGUCUCCUCUCAGUGAUGUAUUCUUGGCAAAUAGUAAAUUUCCAUGUAAGUGCACUUUGUCUUCAAGGACUCCACUUUCUGAUGUUCCUUCCACUACUACUGUUAUGGCUCUUAAGGUAACUAUAAGCAAAUCAAAGAAGAAAAUAGUGUAUGCUGAAGUUGAGAGAGAUUUUGUUGAUUUUCUAUUCAGUUUCCUGACAGCACCUAUAGGAACUAUUGUAGAGCAAUUGAAUGGAAAUUAUUGCAUUGGAUGUAUGAAUAACUUGAAAAAAAGUGUGAAUGAACUCUAUUUUUCAUGCUUGAUAGUGAUUAUACCUCUAGGGACUCCUAUAAGAAAUCCCAAAGUGACUCCUCAAUUUGGUUGUGUGAAACAGCCUCUGAAAAAGCUUUGUGAGCAAGAUGCUCCUACUUAUAGGUAUUGUAAUAAUGGUGUGGUAAUCGACUAUUCAUAUCAAAAAAGUAGAGCAAUGAAUCUAUUUGAUCCAAGAUCUCCAUAUGGCACAAUUGAAUCAGCUGUAGGAUUUGUGACGUGGAAAUCAAAAUUUAUUGUGUGGGAUAAUCUCCAAGUGACUCCAUUGGAGAAUAAUACUUCUAGCAUUGCAUUUUUGCAAAAACUCAACAUACCUUUAGAUGAUUUGGAGGAGCAUGAGGUGAGAAUUGGAAAGAAAGAGGCACUAUACUUGUUGGGAGCUUCUUUGACUUCUAAUGGAGCUGCAUUAACAGAAGCCUUAUUCCAUCUGAUCAAAGUGCCGAAAGAAGAAACUAACUAGAGCGUGAAUGUUAUCAUCUCUAUUGUGGCAUUUUAAUAUUUUAGUGAUUUGAGUUUUGAGGCAUAUGUGAUUCUGUUAUGAUUAUGAAACUCUUUUGUUUAAAUU